AUGGCGCAGAAGGCGGCGAGUUCGCACAAUGAAUACCGAAUUGUAGUUGUAGGAGCUGGUGGUGUGGGCAAGUCUGCCCUCACCGUCAUGUUCAUCCAGGGCACUUUCCUCACCAAGUAUGAUCCGACCAUCGAGGACAGCUACAUGAAGCAAGUCGAAGUUGACGGCGUUGCCUGCACCCUCGACAUCAUGGACACUGCCGGUCAGGAGGAGUUCGGCUACAUGAAGACGGGCCAGGGCUUCCUCAUCGUGUACAGCAUCACGACACUCACCAGCUUCGAGGCGGUGACCAAGUUCAGGAAUCAAAUUUUGCGCGUCCAGGAGGACAGGCUCGACAUCCCCAUCAUCCUCGUCGGCAACAAGAAGGAUUUGGAGGAGGACCGCGAGGUGCCCACCGAGGACGGCCAGGCGCUGUCGGAGAAGUUCAACUGCGACUUCCUCGAGGCCUCGGCCAAGACCAACACCAACGUCAACGAAGCCUUCUUCCGCCUCGUUCACAGGAUCAACAAGUGGCGCGAGAAGCACCCCCAGCAGGCCCCAAAACCCAAGCCGAAGAAGAAGAAGGGAUGCUCUCUCUUCUAA